AUGCUCUCGACAUUGAAUCAUACUUCUCCGUGUUUGAGUGUCGUCACCAAGGGUGCUCUUGGGGCGUCGCGGAACGCUCUUGCUGCCUCCUUACCCCGACAUUUCGCCGGUAAGGCUUCUCCUAGUGGUGGUGAAUGGCAGACUAUGGAUGGUUGUACUGCUGUGUGCCAUGUGUCUUAUGCUAUGAUGGAAACCGCCUACAUUUACCCUAUUACCCCCUCGUCCCCUGCUGCUGAGCUUGCUGAGCAGUGGUCAGCGCUCGGUGUGAAGAAUGUGUUCGGUGAUAUCCCCAAGAUAACUCAGAUGCAGUCUGAAGCCGGUGCUGCCGGUGCCCUCCACGGUGCCUUGGCGGCCGGUUCUUUGGCCACUACCUAUACGGCCAGUCAAGGUCUCCUCCUUAUGGUGCCUAAUAUGUACAAGAUAGCUGGUGAACUCCUCCCCUGUGUUAUGCAUGUGGCCGCACGUGCUGUUUCUGGCCAGGCCUUAUCCAUUUUUGGUGAUCAUCACGAUGUCAUGGCUGUCCGUCAGACCGGUUUCGCCAUGAUUGACGCCGAUACUGUCCAGGA